AUGUCACUCUUCGGACUUGGAGGAGGCUCCUCAGCAGGCGCUAGUAAUGCUGCCGUAAGCUCUGCUCAGAUCGAAGCAGCAACCGCCGAGUUGGAAAUGGUCACCGACGUUUUCAACCGUCUGGUCUCUUCUUGCCACGCCAAAUGCAUCUCGACAAGAUACGCUGAACCCGACCUGAACAAGGGCGAAAGCAUCUGCAUCGACCGAUGCGUGAGCAAAUUCUUCGCGGUAAACGGGAAAGUCAACGAACUCAUGCAGUCCAUGGGUCAAGCUGCUCAAGGUGGCGCUCCUGGCGGCUCCGGCUCUUUCUUCGGAUAG